CCUGUGCAUGAGGCCGUACACUCUCACCCUAUAGCUCCUCCUCCACCACCACCACCACCACCAGCACCUAAGAACACUUACAUACCACCAGCUCCUCCAGCACCAGCAGCUCCUGUACAUGAAGUCGUUCGCUCAGAGCCAAUUGCUCCUCCUCCACCACCACCGCCACCAGCGGCACCUAAAAACACUUACAUCCCACCAGCUCCUCCAGCACCACUAGCUCCGGUGCAUGAGGCCGUACACUCUCAUCCCAUAGCACCUCCUCCGCCACCACCGCCACCAGCGGCACCUAAAAACACCUACAUCCCGCCAGCUCCGCCAGCGCCAGCACCAGAGCCAGCGCCAGCGCCAGCACCGGCUCCAGCCCCAGCUCCUGCUCCCGAUGUUCCACAAAAUACCUACCUUCCACCACCAUCCCAAGGUUACAGCUAUCCAGCUCCAGUGCAUGAGGAAGUAAAAUCAGAGCCAAUUGUUCCACAAAACACCUACAUUCCUCCACCACCACCACCACCACCACAAAACACUUACAUCCCACCAGCUCCAGUGCAGGAAGCUGUGCUCUCGGAGCCAAUUGCACCACCACAGAACACCUACAUUCCACCACCAGCAGCACCACAGAACACCUACAUCCCACCACCAGCUCCGGUUCAAGAAGCUGUGCUCUCUCAGCCAAUUGCUGCUCCUCAAAACACCUACCUUCCUCCAACUUCUUCGCACGGUCAGGAUGGUUAUCGUUACAAGACCGUUCGACGUGUUGUCUAUAGACGCCGUUUCUAA